UUUGUUUUGUUUGAUUUUCUUUUUCUUCUUCUUUCAAUUGGAAUUAAUUUUAAUUGUGUGAUUUUUUAUUCUUUGUUUUGUUUUUUCGAUGUUUUUAGCUGAUUUGGAAUUUAAAUUGUGAGUUAAUUUUCUUUGAAGAUCAUCAUGAGUUUCGAUGAGUCGAACGUUGAAAGAUUGGAAGGAAUUGUUCCAUCGGAUCAGAAAUUUGGACUAAUUGUUAAGAAGAAAACUGUUGAUUCUAAUGAUAAGGAUCAAUUGAAAUUGGAAGAAAGGAAAAGUUUACUUGGUCUUCAACAAUUGGCUUUGAAGAAAAAAUCUGAAACUGAGGAAAGUGGUCAUGGUGUUAAACGAGAAGAUCGAGGAUAUUCAAGAGAGAAAAGUGUUGAAAGAAGACGAGAUUAUAAAGAUGAUGAGAGAAGAGAAAUUAAAAGAGAACGUGGUGAUGAUAGAGAUGAAAGAAGAGGGAGAGAUGAUAGAAGAGAUGAUAGAAGAGAUAAAUAUGAUAGAGAUCGUGAUAGACAUCGAGAUAGAGGAAGAGAAAAAGAGAGAAAUUAUCGACAAGCUAAAAUGGAAAGUCCAUCGCCUUAUGUAAAUAGAUCUUCUUUAAGUGAUGAAUAUUUAGCUCGAAAGAAAGAGAAAGAAGAGAGAGAAAGACGUCGAAAAUUGCGAGGAAUGUACAUGGAAAAUAAAGAAAAAGAUCUCGAGUCGAAGAGGAGAAAAUGGGAAGACGAUGACGAAGUGGACAAAGAUUAUGCUUCGAGUUGGGAAACAACACCAAGAUCAACUCGAGGAUCAACUCCAAGUUCACGUUCUCAAGGCCCAUGGACACCAAGACCUGGUUCGUCAAUGUCCAGAUUAGGUUCGACCGCUGGGACACCUCGAAUACCUUACAGUUAUUGGGAAAAUCCAUCAAUUAGAAGGGAAGAAGUCGAUGAAGAUCCAGAGGUGAUGAAAGAAAUAGAUCGUAAUUGGUACGAUGAAGAAGUUGAUUUCAAGCCGUUUGAUGAUAUUCCCGAUGAGUAUGUAGCUCGAAAAGAAGAAGCUCUAAAAAAGAGCAAAGUGGUUCAAAGAAUAUCAGCUCAACAGAGACAAAUUCAAAAAGAUAAUGAAAAAUGGGAAAUCAAUCGAAUGCGUUUAUCAGGUGUUGUUCGUAACCUCGAUGAUGACAUGGAAGAGACUGGAGAAGAGGAGAGAACUCACCUAAUUGUUCACAAUAUUGUACCACCUUUUCUCGAUGGUCGGAUUGUUUUCACGAAACAAUUCGAACCUGUGAUUCCAGUGAAAGAUGGAACUUCGAACAUGGCUGUUUGCUCGAAAAAAGGUUCUGCUCUUGUUAAGUACCAUCGAGAAAUCAAAGAGCGGAAAAAAGCCCAGAAAAAGGAGUGGGAACUUGCUGGUACUCGAAUUGGUGACAUUAUGGGUGUUGCGAAGGAGAAAGAGGAAUCAACGGGUGGAACUGAUUACAAAACGGAACAUCGAUUCGCUGAUCAUCUCGAUGAUAAACUAACCGGUCGAGAAAAGAUUCGCAAGCAACGCCAAAUGCUACCAGUUUUUGCAGUUCGAAGCAGCCUGUUGAAUGUUAUUCGCGAGAAUAAUAUAAUCAUCAUUGUCGGUGAAACUGGUUCUGGUAAAACGACACAAUUAACUCAGUAUUUACAUGAGGAAGGUUAUACAAGUUAUGGUAUGAUCGGUUGUACUCAACCUCGUCGAGUUGCGGCCAUGUCGGUGGCCAAAAGAGUGUCCGAUGAAAUGGGUGUUAAACUUGGCGAAGAAGUUGGUUAUGCUAUUCGAUUCGAAGAUCAAACUUCAUCUAAAACGUUAAUUAAGUAUAUGACCGAUGGUAUUUUACUUCGUGAAUCUUUAUCCGACCCUGACCUUGAUGGAUAUUCAGCCAUCAUCAUGGACGAAGCUCAUGAGAGAAGUUUAAACACUGAUGUACUUUUCGGGAUUCUUCGUGAAGUUGUAGCUAAACGAGUUGAUUUAAAGUUAAUUGUUACUUCAGCAACAAUGGAUUCAUCAAAAUUUGCCCUCUUCUUUGGUAAUGUUCCUGUUUUCAAAAUUCCAGGCCGAACUUUUCCCGUUGAAGUGAUGCAUAAUAAAAACAUCGUUGAAGAUUAUGUUGAUUCGGCUGUGAAAAAAGCGAUUGAGAUCCAUCUCAGUCUACCUUUAGGCGAUAUUCUCAUCUUCAUGCCAGGUCAAGAAGACAUCGAUGUGACCUGUGAAGUUAUUAGCGAACGUUUAAAAGCUUUGGAAGACACAACGAAACCACCGCCGAUCUCAAUUCUUCCCAUUUACUCUCAACUUCCAUCUGAUCUUCAAGCCAAAAUAUUCCAAAAAUCUGAAGACGAUGUGAGAAAAUGUGUCGUUGCGACCAACAUCGCCGAAACAUCGUUGACCAUUGACGGAAUCAAAUAUGUGAUCGACUCAGGUUUCUGUAAAUUAAAAGUUUAUAAUCCUCGCAUUGGUAUGGAUGCCUUGCAAAUUUAUCCAAUCUCUCAGGCGAAUGCCAAUCAAAGAUCAGGUCGUGCUGGCAGAACGGGACCUGGUACAUGUUUCCGGCUAUACACUGAAGAUCAAUUUAGAAACGAGUUACUUGCAACUUCAAUCCCUGAAAUUCAACGAACCAAUUUAGCGAAUGUCGUUUUAUUGUUAAAGUCUUUGGGCGUUCAAGAUUUACUGGAAUUUCACUUCAUGGAUCCACCGCCUCAGGAAAACAUGUUAAAUUCUAUGUACCAACUUUGGAUCUUAGGAGCGCUGGAUAAUGUCGGCAAUUUAACAUCAUUAGGUCGAAAUAUGGUUGAAUUCCCGUUGGAUCCUGCAAUGUCCAAAAUGCUGUUAAUUUCCACGGAAAUGGGAUGUUCACUUGAGAUGAUGACAAUUGUUUCCAUGUUAUCGGUUCCAUCGAUAAUUUAUCGUCCCAAAGGCCGAGAGGAAGAAGCUGAUUUAGCUCGUGAAAAAUUUCAUGUACCUGAAUCUGAUCAUUUAACUUUACUCAAUAUUUAUCAAUUCUGGGAGAGAGAACCAUCGAAAUCAUCUUGGUGUAAAAAUCAUUUUAUUCAUAUGAAAGCGAUGAAAAAAGUUCGAGAAGUUCGACAACAAUUGAAAGAUAUCAUGAAGAGUUUAAAAUUACCUGUUGUCUCUUCGGGAAAUGAAUGGGAUUGUAUUCGUAAAUGUAUCGCAUCGGCUUAUUUCCAUCAAGCAGCUCGAUUAAAAGGAAUCGGCGAAUACGUCAACAUGAGAACCGGAAUGCCCUGUCAUCUUCAUCCCACCUCAUCACUUUAUGGAAUGGGUUUCACUCCCGAUUAUGUUGUUUACCACGAACUACUUAUGACCUCAAAGGAGUACAUGCACACUGUGACCGCUGUCGAAGGUGGUUGGUUAGCCGAAUUAGGGCCAAUGUUUUAUUCAGUCAAAUUACCAUCGAAAACUCGUUCGGAAGCUAAACAAGAGAUCAAAAAUCACGAAGCAAUGGAAGAAGAAAUGGCCGAAGCGGAAACGAGAUUGAAAAGGAUGAAAGCGGAAAAAGAGGAGCAAGAGACACUAAAAAUAAGAUCAUCGACACCUGCGAUCUUCAAACGACCUGAGACUCCAAGAACACCUAGAAGACCAACUAGGCUUGGAUUGUAAUAAAUUCAUUCUGUAAAAAUCAUCAAAUAUAUUCAUUUGUUUACUUUGUUUAA